UUUACGCACAGGGCUUAAGUGGAGUGAGUCAGUAAGAAGACAUUUCGUCAGGGAAGAGGAGUAUAGCGGUUAACUCUGUUAACUUUAAGAGCUGACCUCGAGUGUUUAAGAAUUAGAGAUUUAAAGUUCACCAGAGGGGUUUACUUCUCAAGUUACAAUUGUGAAUCCAAGAUAUCAACUAGAACAGAACUUGUUUUCCAAGCAAAUUGUCAUUUGCUGUUAAUUGGAGACGUCGUGGGACAGGAUGACCACCACUAUGGAGAAAUCUAAAAACUUUCGCAUUGAUGCGCUUCUGGCGCACGACGUGGAACAGAGGACGGACAGCGACCGUGCGUCCCCGGGGUUGUAUUACAGCAGGAGUCCCGGCGGCAGUCCGGUGUCAAACUGCGGCUCAGAGACGCCCUCCCCUCAUUCAAACCUAACAAACUCCUCUGUAGUCCAGCCAGGAGUCCUGUCAAAAUCCCAGCUCUUUAACUUGUCCCAGACAGGCUUCAGUGCUCUGCACCAAGGGGGUCUCCUCGGAAUGCACCCAGGCUCCAUGUACCCUCUGGCGGCCCUCGGAGGACAGCACCACGCCUUCAUGUACCCCAGCUUCACGCAGCUGGUCCAACCAUACCCCGAGCAGCUGAAGGGGGCCACCAUGGCCGCGACCCUCCCGCUGGAGCACUGGAUCAGAGCCGGGAUGAUGAUACCCAGAGUGAGCGAGUAUGGAGCCCCGGGCCAGGCAGGUAUGUUCGGGAAGUGUCGGAGGCCCAGGACAGCGUUCACCAGCCAGCAGUUGCUGGAAUUAGAAAACCAGUUCAAGCUCAACAAAUACCUGUCCAGGCCUAAACGCUUUGAGGUGGCCACUUCGCUCAUGCUGACUGAGACUCAGGUUAAGAUCUGGUUCCAGAACAGACGUAUGAAGUGGAAGAGAAGUCGCAAAGCCAAGGAACAAGCAACCGCAACGUCCCCACUGACUGACACGGAAAGAACUGGGAUGGAUAUACACAACGCCAAGCCUCAGAGUGAUUCACACUGCUCGAGUCUAGAGGAUGAAGAGGAGGUAGAAGGGGAGGAUGAAGAUGAAAAAGAGGAGAUAGAGGUGCUGAGAGCAGGUUCUUUAGGCUCUGCAGGCUUCAUGAGGCAUGCUGGAGGAGGAACAGGGAACUACAGCUCUUACUCAGAGGAGGAGCUGGAGGAGGGCGGCCCAAGAACAAGAUGUGGGGUUUUCCCAUAGUUACAAAGUUCAGCAUGCUUUUAUUAUACAUCUUUUUAUGUUUAUUACUCUUGAGAAGACAAUACACAGUGCAAUCAGGUGCACACACAUUGUGGCAUGAAGAGGAUCAUUCAUAGUUAACAGCCCAAUCCAUAGUGCCAUAUAUCGACAUCUGCACAUUGGGCUGGAUAUGAAAAUUGGACAUUUAUUGGUUUAGUAAUUCAUCUGAGUUAUGACUUCAGAAUCCAAAAAUAAUUCUGACUUACAACGGGAAUUUUUGUGCAUGAUUUACUUGUAAUUUAAAAAAAACAAACUGAAAGCUUAUACUUCUUUCUGCAAUUGACUAAUUUAUCUAUGAAUGUAAAUGUACUUAAACUGUAUGUAUUGGGGGGUAAUAGCACUUUCAUGGAGGGUACUGGAAGAAGAGACAUAAAAAUGAACUUGGAGACUCAUGUUGUAAAGAGUGUUACAUUGUUAUCAGUGCAUCCUGGUCUGUUACAAAUGCUGGACAAAUAUUCCACUAAUAUUAAACAUUUUAUAUCUGUAAGAAGAAUUUGCAAAAU